GAUACGGACACGCACGUCCCUUUCCAGGCGAGCGAGCAAGCGACGGCCGGGGAAGUGAGAGUGAAUACGAACAACAUGACAGCGAACCAGUACGACGUGAUCGUCGUCGGAGCAGGCAUCUCAGGGCUGUCUGCAGCCAAGCUGCUUCUGGAGGCGGGCCUGAGUCCUGUGGUUCUGGAGGCUCAGAACCGGGUGGGAGGAAGGACCUUCACAGCACGGAAUAAGGAGACCAAUUAUGUGGACCUGGGAGGCGCCUACAUCGGCCCCACGCAGAACCGCAUCCUGCGGCUUGCCAAGGAGUUCGGGGUGGAGACGUACAAGGUGAACGAGGAGGAGAACCUGGUGCAUCAUGCCAAGGGGAAAUCAUAUGCAUUCAAGGGGUCUUUCCCUCCCAUGUGGAACCCACUGGCCUUAAUGGACUACAACAACCUGUGGAGGAAGAUGGAUGAAAUGGGCAUGGAGAUUCCAAGGGAAGCUCCCUGGAAGGCACCUCACGCUGAAGAGUGGGACAAGAUCACCAUGAAGGAACUCUUCGACAAGCUGUGCUGGACAUGUGGUGCCCGGCAGUUUGCUACUCUCUUUGUGAAUGUGAACGUGACCUCUGAACCGCACGAGGUGUCGGCCCUCUGGUUCCUGUGGUACGUCAAGCAGUGUGGUGGCACUAUGAGGAUCUUCUCCACCUCCAAUGGGGGACAGGAGCGGAAGUUCGUGGGCGGCUCCGGCCAGAUCAGCGAGCACAUGGCGCGGCGGCUGGGGGACAGAGUGAAGCUGGAGAGGCCGGUCUACAGCAUCGACCAGAGCGGCGACGGGGUGGUGGUGAAGACGCUCAACGAGGAGACGUACCAUGCCAAAUUCGCCAUCAUCGCCACGGCGCCGGGGCUGAAUCUGAAAAUGCACUUUAACCCCCCGCUGCCGCCCAUGAGGAACCAGCUGAUCCACCGCGUGCCCGUGGGCUCCGUCAUCAAAUGCAUGGUCUACUACAGGGAGAACUUCUGGAGGAAGAAGGGUUACUGCGGUAUAAUGAUGAUUGAGGAUGAAGAGGCCCCCAUUGGCGUGACUCUGGAUGAUACCAAACCUGACGGCACAUUUCCUGCAAUAAUGGGUUUCAUCCUUGCUAGAAAAGCCAGGAGAUUAGCAGGACUGACCAAAGAAGAACGGAAAAAGAAGAUCUGUGAAACCUACGCCCGAGUCCUAGGCACAGAAGAGGCCUUGCAUCCCGUGCACUACGAGGAGAAGAACUGGUGUGAGGAGGAGUACUCCGGAGGUUGCUACACGGCGUACUUCCCCCCGGGAAUCCUCACGCAGUACGGCAAGGUGCUGCGGGAGCCGGUGGGCAAGCUGUACUUCGCAGGCACAGAGACGGCCACCGAGUGGAGCGGCUACAUGGAGGGGGCGGUGCAGGCGGGCGAGAGGGCGGCGAGAGAGGUUCUCUGUACGAUGGGUCUGAUCAGCCCCGGUGAAGUGUGGCAGGCGGAGCCCGAGUCAGUGGACAUCCCAGCUCUGCCCUUUGUCACCACGUUUUGGGAGAGGAACCUGCCGUCCGUCCCAGGGUUCCUGACGUUCAUGGGCGUGUCCACGUUCCUGCUGGCGUCCACGGCGGCGGGGUAUAUGGCCUACAAGAAGGGCCUCCUUCCCCGGAUCUGAUGCUCCCCUCUAUGCUACCUGUACCCCGGGCCUUGGCCAAGACUGUUCUGUCCCAUCCUCAUAACCUCCCACUCAAGGUCACCAGGCUGGCCGGAAAGGCUUCAGUCUUUCAGACAGCAUAAUCACAACAGCUGAAAUGGUCUUGUUCUUAAAUUCAUGAUAAGUGGACUUUUAAUUGUUUUUUAAAUCAUGACACAAGUUGUCAUUUAGAGGUGGAUUCACUCGGAUUCUGUAUGUGAUUCAAAUACGAAAUAAUAGGGUUCUCCUACAAACAACCCCAGUAACACAAGCAAGAAAAUACUUCAUCGAAGGAUUUUCUCUGGCUUGUUGUACACAGAAAUGUCAAAGAUUAAAAUAUACAAAACUGAACCAAUGAAGGAUACGUAGUAAUCAUACAGAUACAAAUCAGUGUAUGCCUGGAAGCCACACUUCGUACUUUAUGCCUGCACUUUCUGAAAGCUUCACUGACUUCUCGACAGUCCUAAUGGAUCAUUCCCAGGCUGUAGUGUAACUCACCAUUCUGACACAGCUCGUUUGAGGUGCUUUGUUCUUUUAUGACUGACAUGCAAAGUGAACACUCAUGAAA